AUGAGCACUGAACAGGUCGGUAGAAAGAAAUCGUAUAGAUGGGUUAGCGCAUCUCAAGCAAGUUAUGACGGCGCUGGAUGGGACAGUAGUGACGAAUAUGACUACUCUUCCGAGGAUGGCACAAAAGGUUCAGAAAUUCACAAGCAAAAAAUAUCUAAUUUGCCUAGUUUACCCAAGCUCAAUUAUACAGAUGUUAAUGGUGAGCAUGAUGAAAAUACGGGUGAAAAUAAAGACAGCAAUGAUAAUAACGUCAGUAAGAGUGAUAUUAGUCCUAGUGACAAGGAAGUAGGCUAUCUCUCAGAUGGGGUGCCUAAACUUAUGGCUUCAAGAGAGUCUGUGGAAUUACAAGCGAAAAAAUCCAGCGAGCACUCCAAAUCAGAUUAUCUUUCGUCGACAGCAUCUUUGAAAAGUCCAAGUGAAAACAAAAAAUCACCACAUACAAAUAGGGCUGUAAACGAAGACCUAGACAAUUUGAUAGAGCAAAUAUCAAGGGAGAUGACACCAGAAAUUAGGCAAACAUCUGAUUUUCGGCGUGAUUCAGACAGUUGUGACGAAAUCCAAAACGAAGCACCAUUAGGGGAAGCGGUACCCUCUUCAUCAUCUCCUGUAGAAGAAGAUGAAAAAUCACAUUCCUUAGGGGUUUCAAUGGAUACUAAUGAAGCUGAUACCACUUUCAAUACGCCAACAAGGAAUGGAAAUGAACAUUUGAGUAGUGAUGGCGAUGUUUCUGAGCAGAAAGACGACGAGUUUAAAGUUUCCGAAAGAGGCUACCUUGCAGAUAUUCUGCCUGCGGAGAAAGAGGAGAAUUUACAACAAGAAGAUGAUGGUGAAGUCGAGAGCUCAGGAGCUUUGGAAAAGAAAGAAAAAAGUGAAGAAAAGACUAGUAUUAGGAAUAGGAACUCUACAUCUAGUGGGCAAGAUAAAGUAGCAAAGCCGAAACCCGUAGCAAAUGAAACAAAAACUAGUGAUAAUGGAUAUCGAAAUUCUUUUUUCAAUGAUUAUCAGCAUUCGUCAGACUCUGAAGAAGAUGAUAACAACGAAGGCAACAGUGGUAGUAGUGAUGAUGAUAAUCGAUCUUCGGUUAGUGAUAAACAUGCUGAUAUUAACCGGCAAUCGAAACAACUUGAUACAACUGACGAUGAUGCAUUGUCGUAUACCGAAUCAAUAAAAUAUUCGACAAAUGAGACAGAAGAAGAAGAUAAUGAAGAUAAUGAAUCCAUAGAAGACAAAAACGAAGAUAAUGAAUCCAUAGAAGACGAAAAUGAAGAUACAGAUAGCUAUAAAUUUUCUAAUAGGGAAAAAGGUUCCAUUCUACUUACGAGUGAUGAAGAGGAGGAGGAAAAAGGUAUGAGCUCUGAUUCAGAUGAAGGCAGUCUCAAGGCGCCCAAAUCAGGUUAUUUCUCCAAAAUGAUUGGUAAUGAUGAUAAAGGUGAUUCAGCAUUGCAACCUAAUCAAAUAGACACCAUUGAAAAUACCAAUUUGUCAAAUAGCGGUUCUGAAUUGGAAAACAGCGAUGGCAGCGAUGAGGAAGACCACAUAAAUGAAGACAAAGUUUUGGAAGAAAGUUCAGUUAAAGACUCCACUGAUGUUGAUUCUUGGAAGCCGGACAGUGAGGCCUUACGAUCAGGGUUCGUACAGGAUACAGCCAAUAAGAAAGCGCCACCAGGUUACGUGAUCGAUUCUAACGGGAAGCUAGUAGAUUUAACACCUGCUAGUAUGAAACCACGUGUUGUAUCGACUUAUUCAGAGAUGGAGAGUACUUGGGAUGCAUUCCCUUCCAAAGGCGAAGAUGACGAUUUGGAGACAAUCAGGGACACUAAGACUAUAUACGACAACAAUACGAUUUAUAAUGUUCCCGGUUUGAUUGGUAACCAAUCGAAUUUGCCACCUCUACCGAUGGACGCACAGGAACAAUUAAAUGCAGGAAACGAUAAUAGUACAACAGAUAAUGAUAAUAGUAACAAUACUGCCAAUGAUUUGGCAGCGCGCAGUGCAUCUUUCAAAAGUGAAAACAGAACAGUAUCUCAAGGCGAAAUGACAAGCGUCCAUGAACCCAGUACUGAAGAAAUGGCGAAAUUGGGGCAGCAGAAUAACUUACCGAAAUUAGAUAUGAAUAAACUACUGAACAGUAAGACUUCGCACGCCGGUAAGAUAGAACAGUUGAGAAAUUAUAAGCGUGAGCUAGAUGAAUAUGAUACGGGGAUACAAACAUGGAUAAAUUAUACGCUAAAAUCAUCCUCUAAUAAGGAUAAGGAUUUCAUAGCUGAGGAGUAUAAGCAGCAUAGUCACGUUAGGGAAGCAUAUGCGAACGCGGACGAUUUGAGUAAGAAGCAUACUGUCAUUAACACGGUUGCUAGUGUCAACCAAAAUGUAACGCACUUAAGGAGAAAAGUUUUCCAGCAUUCUAUGAAACCAAAGGAUUUAUUCGCAUCAAUAGGUAAGAAAAAACUGUAA